AUGGAGUCCAAGAACCACGUUUUGUUUCCACCACGGAAGCUACGAAACUACCACAACAAUUUGAGGCACCCGGCCUGUUGCCCAGAUGUGCUAUCACACGAGAAUCGAAAUGCCCUGAAGACACAGCCACGUCGUGUACGAUGUAAUACCGUGUUUAUCGCUCUUCUCCCUUGGCAGAAGUUCCGAUCUGGCUCGCCAACACGAGCUACUGACCAUCGAGGCAUGUACCAAGUUGUGAGGCAUCUGGCCUCAGCCUAA